UGAGGGGGGCGCUAAUGAGAGCGAGGAGAGUUCAAGCUGCCGAAUCAGUCAGAAGAAGAAGAAGAGGCGGAACCAAAUCAACUGGCGGGCUCCGAUCAGCUGGAGCCGUUUUAUGGAUUUUAGGGACGAUUCUUCGGUUUGAACAAUGCAUCAGUGGGAUGUGUCCCUGUUCUCAGUGACUCCAGCUGCUGCCCUGUUGUCCAGAUGUGUCUCCAGAGGAGCUGUGUCUCAGGAGGUAAUAGACUCCGCCUCCUCCAGGCAGAGCCCCAUCUUCUCCUCUCACCUGCAUGAGGCUGUACAGCGAGUCAGAACGCAGAGACAGCUGGACGAGGUGCAGCUGGAGGUGGAACUGCUGAAGGAGGAGAAGAAGAGCGCCGACGUCACGCACACAUUUUACCUCACUCGGAGGUUCCAGAUGUUGCAGAUGUUCUGUGGUCACCUGCAAGAGCUCCUGAAGGAUCAGAACAGUCUGAGACAGAGACUGAUGAGACCUCUGGGUCGCACCAACCUGCCCGUCCAGGCUCAUCUGCAUAGGUCUGUGGUGGAGGUUGUGAAGAUGCUGCUGGACUUCAUAGAGACCCUGGAGGAGAAGCUGGACUCGGUGCACAGCUGCACCACCACCAGAGACCGGCUCACUCAGCUGAAUACCUCUCUCGCCCAGCUGCUGGCGCAGGUGGCAGAGGUGCAGAGUUUAUCCAAUCAGGUUCUUCAGUGGAAGGAUGUUGUGAGCAGCCUGCAGAGUGACCCCUCUGCCUGAUGACCUCUGACCCCUCACCUUCAGCCCCCUCCUCCUCCUCCUCCUCCUCCUCGUACAAACCGAAACCUGGACGUGGACUCUGAGACCUGCUCACAGACCUCCAUCAGGUCUCACGUUGAAAACUUGAUGAUGUUAUUUUGUUUUUUGUAAUAAAUAAAAUUUUGGUCGAA